AUGUCUGGCUUUUUGACUGAUGCUGACCUAGAAUAUAUUAUGAAUUUACCCGAUAAUGAGUUCAAUGCAUACAUUGAUGUCCCUGAUGGGGAUAUAUCAGAUGUUGGGGAUGAAGAUAAAGAUGAAACUGUCGAAAUUGAUGAAAGUUCUCAAGCUAUUUCCGAAGCAGCUGUCAUGAAUUUCAUUCAGAUGGUGGAAAAGGAGGAUGGAGGUGAAACUUCGGCAAGUAGAGAGGAGCAAGAGACAGAAUAUGAAUUUCCAAAGGAUGAUGCAGUCAGGAGUGGUAAAGUUAUUGAUUCUCAGCCAAAAUCAGAUGUAAGCGACAACAAUACAAAUGCAGGAGCACCAUCUACACGUGAGCAGGAGCAGCAGCAGCAGCAGCAAGUAAAACAUCGAUGUAAACGUAGUGAUUAUAAAUUUAGAAAAAGUGAUUUUGUGGUACAAGACACAGAAUGGAAAGGAUCACUUCCACCACCACCAGUAGAGGAAAUGACACCUUUGCAAUAUUAUAAAAUAUUUAUGAAUGAUGACAUAUUUGAACUCAUUGCUGAGCAAUCUAAUAUCUAUGCUUUGCAGAAAGAUUCAGUUUCUUUGCAGACGAGCAAAAAUGAAAUGGAGCAGUUUGUUGGUAUUUUACUGCACAUGGGCAUAAUCAAAAUGCCUUCCAUUCAUUUAUACUGGUCGAAUGAGUGUAGGUAUUCACCAAUAGCUGAUGUGAUGAGCAGAACUCGCUUCUUCCAGCUACUGCGGUAUUUUCAUGUUGUCAAUAAUCAAGACUUGCCAGAAGCUAAUAGUAAUCGUGACAAACUCUUCAAGAUUCGCCCACUUUUAUCUGCAUUGCAGUCAUCAUUGAAGACACUCCCUCCAGAAGAAUACCAAGCUGUUGAUGAACAGAUAAUACCAUUCAAGGGUAGAAGUGGUUUGAAACAGUACAUAAGAAAUAAGCCUCACAAGUGGGGCUACAAAUCUUUUACAAGAGCUGGUGCUUCAGGCAUGAUGUAUGAUUUUGAAAUUUAUGUUGGCAAAAACACCUGCAGUGAUAGAGGAUUAGGUUUGUCUGGGGAUAUUGUUUUGGCAUUGACGGAAACAUUGCCAGAGAAACAGCAUUUCAAAGUGUUUGCUGAUAGUUGGUUUUCUUCUAUACCAUUAGCAAUUGCCCUGAAAGAAAGGGGCAUUGAAUUCUGUGGCACUAUCAGGACAGACAGGUUGGGAAAAUGUCCCUUGAAAACUGAAGCGGAGCUCAAGAAAACUGGACGUGGCUCCUGUGACUGGAGAGUGGAGACAACAAACAAUGUAGCUUUAGUACGCUGGUUUGACAGAAAGUGCAUAAAUUUCGUGUCAACAUAUGCUUGUGUUGAGCCCUUGGCAACAUGUAGACGCUAUUCUGCAUCUGAAAAGAAAUUCAUUGAUGUACCUAGACCUUACAUAGUGGAAAAGUACAACAAACAUAUGGGGGGCGUGGACCUUGCUGACAUGUUGAUAGAACUAUACCGUAUCAACUUGAGGUCACGGAAGUGGUAUAUGCGCAUUGUGUACUGGUGUUUGUCUGUAGCAGUUGUCAAUGGAUGGCUACUCCACCGUCGUCAUAUGGUCCAACGUGGCAAAACCUCAAAGAUGUCACUCCUGCAGUUCCAAGCUAAUAUUGCUGCAAGUCUACUGCUUGCGGGGAAAUCAGGUUCCCAAAAGAAGAGAGGAAGACCAAGUUCUGAAAUGUUGACAAGGACUCCUGCAGCAAAAAGGACCGAGUGUAAUAUUGAAAGUGAAGUCAGUGCGAGUGUCAGUGCUUCAAGCAAGAAGCUUCUAGGUGCAGCUGGUUUUCCAAGUGCCUCUCAAAUGCGUGACAAUGCAAUAUGUGGUGUGACAGUGUUUCUGUUGUUACUGACACAAACAUUCUGA